AUGAAUAAAACGGAGUGCAGCAAGAGCUGAACCGGUAUCUUAUACUAACAGCCAAAAAAAAAAAAAAUCAUCGCUACAGCCACCACCACAACCACCACCACCACCAUCAACAUCACCACCACCAUCAUCAUCGCCACUAUUUCUACUACCACCACCACUACUAUUUCUACCGCGACGACGACGACGACCACCACCACCACUAUUUCUACCACGACCACCACCACCACCACCAUCAUCACCACCACUACUACUACAAAAAAUAAUAUACUGCUUAUAUACUACUACUACUACUACUACUACCGCUGCUAUUACUGAUACAAUUACUGCUGCUAUAAAUCCCGAUAAGAUUCUGUUUAUAUACGACGAAUAUUUACGAUCCAAAACAUUUACAGUAACCAACACAUCCAUCCAUUUUAUAUAAACUAAACACCCACACGCAUAUAUACACCCACCCACACAAUCACACAGACCCAGACACAUCCAUCCAUCCAUCCAUCCAUGCAUACAUGCAUACAUGCAUACAUAUUCCGACACGGAAGGCGACACUUAGAUGUGCACGCAGUAAAAUAUAAGUUGUGCAGGAAACGACAUCUCGGUCUCUCAAGCAGGUGCACCGUUUAGAUUUCUGAAAUACCAAUUGGACUUUGAAUGAAGUAACACACACACACACACACACACACACACAAGGUCUACGAAAUGGAAAAUAGGAACGGAAAAUAAAAAGAAAAGAAACAUACAUCACCACAGCAAAGGAAACAUUAAACGUGCAAUUGAAACAUUCAAGUAGCAUGAUGUUUUGAUAGUAAAUAAACGUCAUUGACCAUUUGUAAGUGUAACAUUUCCCAGGAGCGAUGCAAAAAGAGUAUACACCAGGUGUGCCGGUACUGCGAUACGGAGACGAUUUCUAUUAGAACGCAUUUCAAUCCACUUACGUCACUACUUCCAUUAGGAAAGCUAUAACAGUCACAUCUUUAUCCCUUUAUAAUCCAUCCAUCCAUCCAUCCACACACACACACACACACACACACACACAUACAUACAUACAUACACAUACACACACACAGAUAUGUACAUCCUACCAGAUGCAAAAGAAGUCAAUACUGAAUAUUGGUGAGAACUUGUAGAAGUGAAAGUAAAUGUUUAUAUAUUAUCUAUUCCGAGCACAUCGUCAUAAAUACACACUUAUAUAAAAGAUACAUACAUACAUACAUACAUACAUACAUACAUACAUACAUACAUAAUACAUACAUAUUUACAUAUAUUUGUAUAUAAAUACAUAUACGCAUACAUACAUUCAUGAAUGCGAACAAGCAAAAAAUUAUGUAUAAAAGAAUUUAUAAUUAAAAGAGUGAUCACUCAUCUAUAACUUUUGAUCCCGAUUGUCUCAUCAGAUUGCUAUCCACCCUCUACCUCCCAAUGUAUCCGAUCCACUGCCGUGAUCGAUCUGGUACACAACCUUUUCACUUAUAUAAGCUCAUCACUUGCACAAUGUGUUACUACUACUUAUUUCCAAAUUUAAACGUUUUCCAUCAUACACUCGACUAUAAUUUGAACGUUGUCGACAGCAACUACAGUGCUGCUCCAGACGUCGAAAAUGAAACUGCGAUGACACAGCUUUGUGGCGCCAUUAAUGACUACGAUAGAUGCUAUCUUUGGAACUCCUGUUGUUUGGCAGCUUUGAAAUGCUGUCAGGAACAACACAGAAAUAUCCAGACGUUUACGCCAAACAACAACACUUUGUAUUGUCCACCUACUUGGGAUGGUUACGGCUGUUGGAAUAUGACACCUGCGAAGACUAGGGUCUUUGAAAAAUGUCCGAGUUAUGUUACAGAUGGUAUCUGGGCUUACAGUACAGUUGGUGCUUACAAGGACUGUACUUCUAACGGCACCUGGUGGCGCAAUCCCCAAACUCAACAAGAAUGGUCUAACUACAGCACCUGUAUCGAUAUUGAGAAACAUCAUGUCAUCAUAUUUGUCGAUACAACUUUCAGCCUGUUUAGUAUAAUCCUGCUGUUACCAGCCUGUGUCAUAUUUCUCUACUUCCGACCACUCAGGAUACAACACCGUAUACGUCUUCAUCUGAAUCUGUUUGUAUCAUUUAUACUUACUGCAAUAUUGUUUAUUAUGUGGAACAACUUAGUCAACCGUGAUCAUAUCUAUCACCAUCCCGAAGAGACCCGGCUGCACAGAAACACAGUUGGCUGUCGCAUACUCAACUUCGUGAUUAGUUACCUGCGUAGCACCAACUACUUUUGUAUGUUCAUUGAAGGUUACUACCUUUAUCGCCUGUUGGCCGCCACAUUUGAAAGGCCUAAGACACUUGUUGGCUAUUACAUUUUCAGCUGGGGAUUUCCUUUGAUCCCUUCACUUAUCUACGCAACAAUUCGAGGAACAAUGUUUAACGAAAAGUGCUGGGUCAUCAAUGCUGAACCAUAUGAAUGGAUAAUGUAUGUCCCGAAUUUACUGUGUAUUAUGGCAAAUUUAUUCUUUCUCGUUUAUAUAUUGCUUGUGUUAGUCGGUCGACUUCAAAAUCAUGCGAAUGAGCCAAGUAACUACAGACGAACGGUGAAAGCCACCUUAGUGCUAAUACCCCUCUUUGGACUUCAACAGUUACUGAUCAUCUACAGACCUUCAAGGGAAAAUAAUUAUGCUUACCCUUAUGAAAUCAUUUCCAGUAUUAUAAUCCAUUCACAGGCAAGACUUGUUGCGCUUGUCUUUUGCUUUUUAAACAGAGAAGUAUUACUUUUUGAUAUUUUUGUUUUUGAUUUUACAUUGUUUACGGACAAUAACAUCCUUGGCUCGAAGUUUUUACAGUAUCAUCUUUCCAUGGCCUUAGAGAUCUCCCGAGACGUGUCUUCUGAUCUCUUGGAUAUCACUCGACAACUGCACGGACCCACUUGCUGUCUGUUGCCUUUGCUGUACGUCUGGCCCCACGGAAUUCGGGAGCUUGUGUUUUUAGUGUUUCUCAGUCACAUCGCUCAUUUUACUCCCCUCACGAUUUAUCUCGUUUCGGAUAUGCUCCGCAAUAAAAUCACUAGUACGGCGCUUUCCAUGAUCACCUGUGUUGUAUCAAGUGAAUGA